UUCAAUGCUGAUGUUGCUGCGGCUGCGGCUGCUUCUGAUGCUGAUGAUGAUGAUGAUGAUUACAAUGACGACAAGCUCAGAGUUACAAGCACACUCCAGAGCGAACUUUGGGCGGGAGUUCGGAAGGAUGUCGGAAACGUGCUUGUCGAUGGGGGUCAGGCCGAGUGGAGAAGACAGAUCGAGGGAGGCAAUUUGAGAGUAGCACGGCAGUCUUGGAAGGCUUAG